AUGAAGUGUUCUACAGCCACCCUACUAAUCUGUGCCCUGGCCACAAGCUAUACCAACGCAUUUGUUGCCCCAGAGAAGGCAUUUGACAGCGACUUUAUGUUGAACAAUCCACAGCUUACGGGGCCCGGAGGAGGUUUAAAAUUAUCAGUGGGCGAUAACGACAUGCCCAAAUCAUCAGGAGGUGGAGCCAAAGGAAAUUGGCCCGACAUCAAUGGAGUUGGGAUGAGCACAGUAGCCUUCCGCCUCAACGAAUGUGGUGCCGUCGCACCACACGUACACUCAGAUGCGACUGAAAUCCAGACAGUUGUAAUGGGUGAAGGUAUCAUCGGAACAUACGGAGUGGGAGAUAAUACGCUGAGGUUAGAGCACGUCACUAUGGGAGACACAUUCUUCUUCCCUAGAGGCAGUAUGCACUUCCAGAUCAACACAGGCACUCAGCCUUUUGUGUCCGUAGGAGCAUUUGAUGUUUCGCAGCCAACUGCCGCACUGGUAAUUGGGUUCGUCGGACAACUGGGUGAUGCCAAGAAAGCAUUGGGAUUAGAUACCGAUUCAAGCAAGAAAACGGACGGCCUUGAUGGCGUGUUCCCGCAAUUCAAGAUGUCCAACUGUGAAGAGGUCCUUGAGAUAUUCAUGGAUAUGAUGUAAUUAUAUUUCUUAGUAGCUUAGCCUAUUAAACAGGAAUUGAAAAUAAAAAGUAGACUAUCAUUAGCAA